AAUCUUUCUUCCGUCUAUCCGAUUUCAUUUGUAGAAAAUCUAAAAUUCCUGUUUUCUUUUUCUUCUUUUGGUGUUACAGGUAUAGAUCGUUUAUCAGUUCAGAUAUUCAGAAAGGAUUUUUUAUCAAGAGUUUCGACUGAGGAAUUGUAAGGACAUAAUACCUUAAAUUCCUCUUCAAAUUCUGACAAUCAGAAGAACAAAAUCCCAAAAGCUAAGAUCGAAGAAGCCGCUUUCUUGCAUUUUCUGUAAUCCGUUCGAAAAAAUCUCCCAAAUUCCUAUAAAAUUCUUUUAUCUCCAUCUCUCCUCUCAAUUCAUUCGAUCCAGACCGUCGGAUUUCCAAACAUGGGGCUUUCCAGCAUGCCCACCCCAUCGGAAGGGGUCCUGUCCGUCCUCCUCGUCAACACAGCCCUCUCGAUCACCAUCUUCAAAGAGAUCGUCCGAUCAAUCCUCCACGUAGUCGGCAUCCGCCUCCCAUCCCCACCGCCAUCUGCAGAUAUCAGCGAAACCCCAUCAGAACCCUUGGAAUUCCCCCCUUUCACCGAUGAAUUCCGCUGCCGGGUCCCGUCCAUCCGGUUCGGGUCCUGCUUCCGCUGCCCGUCCGAUCACGACUGCUCAGUCUGCCUCACCCGGUUCGAACCGGACUCGGAGAUAAACCGGCUGCCCUGCGGCCAUUUCUUUCACAAGGGCUGCUUGGAGAAGUGGUUGGAGUACUGGAAUACGACCUGCCCUCUAUGCAGGACUCCCGUGGUACAGGAGGAAGACGCUUCCUGCCCCUGGUUCUAGCCGUAUUUACUGGAUUGCCAUCCUGAUGAAUGAAAUUACAUGAAUGCCACUCGUCGUCGUGCACGACUGUAGUGUGUUUGUAGUGUACAGGGAGCUGGAGAUACACGUAGGAAUGUAGACCGGAGUGUCUGUUUUCACUUCUAAUACGUAUGCAGUAUCUGUAUUUUUCUUCCUUGUUUUGCUUGAGAUGAUGGGCUUUGUAGUGUACAGCGUAUGGAGUCUACAAAAAUGCUCGUCUUUCUAUAAAUUGCUUUCUUGUAUUUCAA